GGCAGGCGCGACGAGGGCGCCGACGGAGCCAUGAGAGAGUACAAAGUGGUGGUACUGGGCUCGGGCGGCGUGGGCAAGUCCGCGCUCACCGUGCAGUUCGUAACAGGUUCCUUCAUCGAGAAGUACGACCCGACCAUCGAGGACUUUUACCGCAAGGAGAUCGAGGUGGACUCGUCGCCGUCGGUGCUGGAGAUCCUGGACACCGCGGGCACCGAGCAGUUCGCUUCCAUGCGGGACCUGUACAUCAAGAAUGGCCAGGGUUUCAUCCUCGUCUACAGCCUGGUCAACCAGCAGAGCUUCCAGGACAUCAAGCCCAUGCGGGACCAGAUCAUCCGCGUGAAGCGGUACGAGCGCGUACCCAUGAUCCUGGUAGGCAACAAGGUGGACCUGGAGGGCGAACGUGAGGUCUCCUAUGGCGAGGGCAAGGCCCUGGCCGAGGAGUGGAGCUGCCCCUUCAUGGAGACAUCUGCCAAAAACAAAGCCUCAGUGGAUGAGCUAUUCGCAGAGAUCGUGAGGCAGAUGAACUACGCGGCACAGCCCAACGGCGACGAGGGCUGCUGCUCGGCCUGCGUGAUCCUGUGAGGCGCCGUCUGCUGCCGGGCGCUGGCCUCGCUCUGUGCACAAAGCCAAACGCACCCGAUUCUCUUAAUGUGAUUGUCUUCUUGCUUUGAGAUUGGAGACGACUUUGUUGUAUUGGCUGGGAUGUCCGAGGAACCUGGCUGACUUGUGUGGCCAGCAUCCCCAGCCUUCAGCCGGCGUCCGAGGGGGUGUCCGUUGCUGAACAUCUGAGACCCUGAUGGAAAAAUGGCUCUAUACAGCGUGUAUGUUCCUCGUUGAUUUUGGUUCAUGCAUAUUUCCCCGUUUAAGUAGCCAUUAAGGCUCUGUAUUGGCUGCUUGACACCGGCAAGCAAAAGUUUCAAGUCCGGAAAAAAAAUGGGGGUGGGGAAGCAGAGGAAGUGGAGGGGAAGGAGGCAGUGGGGGAGGGUUCCCCCAAGCAACUGUUCAUAGUUCCAAGUUUUAACACAAGGAAAGAGGUCCAAGAAAAUCAUGUGAAGGAGCUAGAAGAGGAGAUGAAACUUUUUUUUUUCUUGUUUUCCAGGAUUAUUUGGAAAUUAAGACCAGGGGUUCCUUUUCUGCCAGCUUGGAAGGGCAACCCAGGGACUGAUUACGAUUCUGAGGAUGUCUAUGCAAAGUUGGGUUCUUGUUACAGUGUAUCCAAUCUGAAGUAUUGCACAUGUGAACUGGGACUGUUUAACACUGAUGCCAAUACAGUGUGGGGUGCCAGGAAGUGUCUGCUGAUAUUUGUGGGAAAAAAUCUAUUUUGAUUACCUACUGUAUCAAAGGGGAGUCUGGGGAAAGAAUGGUAGUAUUUUUUUUUAAUCAGCUGUGAAAAAUGUUACAGAUCUGCACAUUUUUUGUGUGUGCUAUUGUGUGUGUGUGUGUGUGAGUGUAAGUAUAGCUUUUUUUUUUUGUGGUUGGCAGUGACAGAUUUUGCUGACUAGCUUUUAAAAAUACAAUACAAAGACUUUGUAAAUGUGAUUCAGGGCCCCCAGCACCCCUGUGUCUGCAGAGUGCCUUCAAACUCAGCUGUUCCAGCCGGUGCCAACCUGUGAAUUCCCACCAUAUCCCAGAAUCUGCUGUUCUGCUUUCCCCCAAACCACUUUAAGCAUCUUCCUGAAAGAGCCAGGAUAAAUAGGACCUGUUAUUUCGUGACUUGCUUCAUUAAUUUUUAGCUUUUUUUUUAAAUGUUAAGCCCAUAAGUCUUGACUUUUUUCCCCUUCAUUUUGUUCACAUUUCAGGCUUUAGCUCUCCUUUUCUGUUGUUUUCAAAGUGUCUGUCAUUUGUUACAGGGUGUUCCUCCAGAAGCAAAGAGCAAAAUUUCAUUGUGAUGUACCAGAAGAAUUCUAACAAAUUGUAACUUUUAAUUCCACUCAUUUAGUCACUGUCUCUUCAUUUUAAGACUUUUAAUACAAAUGUCAUUUUUAAAGAAACCCCAAACUAUUUGUGUUUUUGUGUUUCCUAUUCAGUGGUUUAUAGGCUCCAAGAUAAUGGUGCCUGGUGGAGGAGGAGGUGGACAAGGCCAGGUCCAUGAUGCCUUCCAGAGUUAUUUGUCACAUUUUGAAGAUAGAAUUCUAUGAAAAAUUGGAUAACACUGUUUCCAAGUCUUUAAAAAUGGAGAAAAGUUUCAAGGCCUAAGAAUCACAGGGUAUGACCAUGGCAUCUGACUCCCCAGAUGAGGAAGUGUAUCAUUAUUGCUUUGCUGAAGAACAGUGAACUUUACUGUUGGUAGCAAAGGGGCAAGCACCCAGCUAACAACACCCUCUUAGGUCUGGGAAAGCAACAUAGAUCUGGCAGAGUAACGGGGGUAUUUUCUAUUUGUCUUGGUUUCGUGUUGUCUGUUUGUGCCCCACACUAAGUCAGACAUGUUCUUAACUUUGAUCUCGCACACCCUGCGCUCUACAGCGUAAGGAGUACAUUAUUUUAGUGGUUAUUUCAACCCUUCCAGAGUUUUUAUUUGGAACCAAAUCAUUAGAUUGAAAACAAAAAGUAAACAAUAGGAAGAGGAGUCCCUUGCUCCCCUUGUAUUUGGCCACAAAUUUUAAAAAGUAGGAGGCAAUAUGUGUUAGUGUCUUAUUUGUAUUUUGCUUGGGCUCUCCAUUACAAUAAUCUUUACAGAAUAACAAAGUAUCUAUAAGAUAUUAUACCAUAGGUUCACGAGGCAAAACUGAUGUCUGAAGAGUCUUAAGUAAGUAAUUUACUCCUUUGAUAAAGCCAAAAGAGAUCACAAGAGAUCACAGGUUUCUUUAAAGUGAUAUCAAUAUAUAUUGCCUUAAUUUUUUUUCUUUUUUUUUUUUUUGUCUCCAUCCAAGUUGCAUCUCCCCAUUCUUUGAGGAGGAAGAACAUUUUGCCUGUACCGACCUUUGUUUAUUUUCCAGCUCUGAUCUCACAUCUCCAUUAGUGUCAGAAGUGAUUCUGCUUCCAAGUAUAUAAAUUGAAAAAUAAUGUUUUUACAAGAACUCAUUCUUAUGUUUGAACAAAUGUAUUUGCUUAAGUAGAUGAAAGUGUUGCACAUUUAAAGUGUUGGCACAUUUUGAAGAUGUGUCGAGCACGGUUGGAGGGGUUGCUUUUUAAAAUGCUUUUGGUGGCCCUCUUUUCUCAUGAUUUGGAAGGCUUUGAACAAAAGUGUUGCCAAGUAUAUAGCUCAGAAAAUACUUGAAGGUGGACAGAGAACUAGAUUGCUGGUGCAUUAAUCACCUCUCCAGAGGCUUCCCAGAGGUCAUGGAAGGCAAGACAGGCUUUUGAAAACGUGUUUCUACUAAGUACUGUAAAAUAAAUAAAUGCUUUUGGAUCAUCCAAUUAAAGCUGCUGCAGGAAAAUGGA